AUGUGUCAAUGGUGGAGACCUGGUGUGGUGGUGUACUAUCAGUGUGGGCACCAGGACGAGGCGCCCUACACGAAUGGUGUCCCGGACGUGUCAACGCCGGAGAAGUGUGAAGAGGCCCUCCUGCGACCUUGCACCAUGUGGUGCGACAACGUCCCCAUCAUCCUCCACCAAAAGCCCCCGACCCUCGACUGGUACAAGGUGUGCCUUUCGUGUCACCUCAAGGGUGUGACACCACUCCAAGUGGACAGAAAGGAUCUACCCACGCUGCACGAUUGGCGUGCCAUCUGGGCAGCCAUGGCCGACAAAGAGCUGUUCCAGCAGGAAGAGACGCGACGUGAGGCCUACCCAGAAGAGCAGGUGUUCAGCCCACUGGGUGCAAGUAUGAUUUUUUCCAAGACCCUGGCAAGCCACCUGUGA